AUGUUUGUCCCCAAAUCAACUUCACGGAACCCUCGAAGGCGUCCACGGACGAGCUCCGAUGACUCGGUUAAGCCACCAAAAGCAAAGAGACAACGCUCCGCGUUGCGGCAGGAAGAGAACUCGCCGUCCGCCAUUGUGGACCAUGAAAAUGGAAGAGAGAUGGCCGAAUCGGCCAUCUCAUUCUCACUGAGCGAUCAUCCGGAUGGCGAUUUGCACCUCCCAGUCCGAGGCAUGAAGCCAAACGAGGAGCCCAACAACGAUCUUGAAGGAACAAUUGUGUUGUCGAGCACAGAUUACUACACAGUCGAUCAACUCCCAGCAUUGCCUGACCAGAUUCGGAGCUCCCAGUCAGGUAAUCGAUUCUCUGAUAUAUUGUACCUUAAUGAUUCAACUGACUCCUUGGGUUACGACACAGAACCGCUGAAAUGCUUCUUUGCAACUGGUCAAGAUUAUGCACUCGCCUUGACACACUCACACGCAGUCGUAUGGCCCUAUUCUGUCCCAACUUCAGCGCCAUCACCUUCGGAAACAUUCUCAGUAUCCAUUCCUGAAUCAUGCAGAGAGCCCAGUGGGCCUGUGCCACUGGGCGUGCUUCUUUCUGCUGCCACAGGGGAAUAUCCCGGACUCUUGGUCAUCAUUCCGUCAACGGGAAUAAUAAUAUAUUGGGAAACAGUAUCCGGUGCUGCAACGCUAGGGUUAUCCCGGCAGAGACAGAAUGGAAUUCAAGGGUCUAUACCUGGUCUUCUGUCUGGCGAAUAUGCUACCGAGAUUAUGAAUUGCGAGCCUUCAGGUAUUAUUGCAACGUUUUCAUCUGGACGUGCGGCUCACAUAACUCUCAGAGACUCACAAGGGAAGCCUUCUGUCUUCGUGAAUUUCUUGAGGAGCGCGACGGGGAUUGGAGGAGGAUUUCUUGGGGGAAUCAAAAGUGUUCUGGGAGGAGGCUACUGGAGAAAAGAGGUUACAGCCGUGCGCGCUGGUGGGUCUCGCCAGCGCGGCCAACGAGAUGUGAUUAUCGCCACUUCAGCCGGUCUUGUGGAGGUAUGGGAUACCCACUGGAAUCACGGAAAUGCUCUGAAGAAGAAGUAUGAUGUCAGAGAUGACAUUGUUAAUGCGCUUCCACUCCUGUCACAGGAUGCUGGGAAGGUGGUGGGGGAGCCCGAUUUGAAAGUCAUGGACUUUGCGUACUCGAACCAACAAUCUUCGGGCGAGCUUAGCCCUCAGGAGUCAGACGAGUCAUGGCGGCUAUUUUUGGUGGUAAGCUCUGCACAAUGGCUGGAGGCCAAGAAAGUCUUUAUUGUUGAGCUGCAUUUGACCGGAAACGAGUCGCAAGUACUAUCCACUCGCGCUGUGGAUCUGAAUAGCAUUCCAGCUCUACGAGAUGAGAUCAAACCAAGGAUAUUGGUUUCGAAAUUCGAAACCGUCGCAUUCAUACUGAUCGGACAAUCUCUUGUUGUCCUGUCGCUGACAAGCGUUAUACCGGAGACACCAAGCUCCCAACCGCUUGUAGGCUCAGAUGCACUGCCCCUGCCUUUCCAGGAUACUAUUCACCUCCAAUCUGGCACAGACCAUGAAAUUCUGGGAUACGGUGCAGAUGACGUUUCAGAAGGUGAUAGCCGCGCUUCGUGCGUCAUGAUGGUCCGAAACUUCGGUGUCGUUCGUGUGAUUAUGGCCCCCCAGGACCCAACAGACAACGGAGUGGAUGAGGGCCAACUCAGUGCAAAGCACAAACUUGAGCAGGCAAUAUUCUUUGGAACAAAGGCAAAGAAUCCAUUAGAUCUGGUUGGUGAUGGCGGAUUAAGCUUUUCUACAAAUGAAAUCGAAAAGGCCUCGCUCGAAAUCUGCGGAGACCUUCUUCGAUCCGAAUCGCGGUUCAUCCCUAACACAUCAAUCUCAACUGAUGAGAAUUUGCGUCUGAGGGCAAAGGCUCUGGACGAUCUUGCGUCGUUGUUGGGGCAGAAAGGCAACCCUUUGAGCCGCCCUGCCCGGUGGGAGUUGCUAUGGGGAGCAGAGAAGCUUGCUGCCCAAAGAGCUAUGUGUGCUCUGGAAAAUACCUUCCGGUCCGUAGAGGAGACCCCCUUUAUCAGCCAUGUCAUCGACACCAUGAACGAUAAAUUCAAGACGCGGCCCACGAAUACACAACAGGGUGAAACAACAGACCCUACACGUCAAUGGUUCCUACGAGACUCCUUUCAAAUGGAGCACAUCAUCCCGUGGAUUAAAAACGCAAUCAAGCCCCGGCGCGGUAACUCCUCUAAACAGGCGCGAAAAUUGUCUGAACAGAUCCUCCAAGCUAGCGAGGUGCUUCUUGCGAUCAUGGAAACAGCGUACAAUUUCCGUGAACUACACGCUUCUUCCUACGGGCUUGGUGAUGAUUUUCUGGAGGAAGGAGUCCUCGCUGAUGGUUAUGAAGAUCUCCCCGAGCCCUGGACAGCCAGAGCAGUGGGUUAUACUGAGACAGGCCAUCUACUUGACUGGGAGCUAGACAGUUGUCGAGCUUGGAUUCAGCAGACAACAGCAAGCGCAGAUGCGCCCGACAGUCAAACUUUGAAAAGGAUUGCUCAAAACAGUGCCCGUCAUCUCCGCAUCCUUGGUCAAAUGCACCGGGAGCGAACCCGCUGGCUCACUGCUCAGCAGGAUCCUAAAUUAGCAGACGAAAGUCUCUCGAUCGAGCAGGCGCACAUCAAGGAGCGCAAAUGGCAACUGUUUAAGCUGGCCGGGAUUGGCCACCUUCAGGAUGCUCUCAGCCUGGCAGAGCGGUUUCGGGACAUGUCUGCUCUGGUUGAGCUCAUCAUUGAACUACAGGAUCAGGUGAAAAGCCAACCGAGCCAGGACGUGUCCGAGGGCGCUCCAGCCUCGGGACAGAGUGAGGCGGAUGUUGCACAUCGAAUCUCGCAGUAUUUCGAAAAGUUUGGCGAAUCGUGGGCCGAUGCGUACUUCUCACGGCAAAUCUCGAUGGGUCACCCGGGAGCCUUGCUUUCCAUGCGAAAGUACCAACCAUCCAUCACUCGUUUCCUCCGAACCACGCCAGCGUAUUCCAAGCUCAGUUGGAUCAAUGAUGUGAACGGUGAGGAUGAUUAUGAGGCCGCCGCGGUCUGCCUGGAAAACCUAGCCAUCGACAGCGAGAAGCAGCUAUGGUGUCAUCGCGUCCAAGUCUCCUUAGCGAAGCUUGGCAGAUUAGCUUCACGGGAGGAUAUGCCCUCCGAUGAUCAUGGGCCUGCAUUGCAGGAGAGCAUCAAACGCUUGGAUGAUUACAGUGAAAUCGAUGAAAUUCAGGAACUUCUCCAGGUCCACGUUCAACCUGCCCUGGAAGGCGCGAUUGACCAGAAGGCCGAGGCAGAGCUGGCGUUAGAUUAUUUUGGAGGUCACCUCACGGACGACCGUCCUUCCCUCCACGAAAUUCUGGGCGAUAUUCUCUCUGCCUUGGUGAGCAGGAGGAUUAUCGGCGCGGACGGCUUGAUCGAUUUGCUGACUCUGCUCAGCCCUUCUGAUCAGCCCUCCGAAGAAGGAGAGAGCGAGCUUCGUGGUCGGGAGUUCUAUCAUGCUCUCCGGGUGCUAGACCAUAGUCGCCAUGCUCAACGAGAUCCAUCGUAUGUUUCGGCGUUGCGGAAGUUGAUUUGGCGACGGUGCAUGAUCAAGGAUGAUUGGGAGGCUCGCGGGAAAGCAGCCGAAGAAUCCAAUGGAGAUUUCAGUAGCGCCGCUAGUUCCACUGCUCUCUAUCACACAUUAUGCUCUUGUCUAGCCGGGCAUGCCGAGGCAGGUCCUCAGUCCCUGUACAAGCCUCUCUCUCCAGCCGAUGUUCUUAUGGCAGAUUCGGAAUCUGAGAUUCUUGUCUCACGCUUUCGCCCCGAGCAACGAGCCCGGGUGGCAGUUGACCUGAAGCGAGAGAACAAUCUGCUACAAGGGUACAUCAAAACAGGGCAGCUAGAGUUCUGGUUCCAAAAUCUUCUAUCCUCUGUUAUGUCCCUGCAAUCCGCGAGGGGGUUUGCUCCUCUUGAGAGUUCCAAUCUGGGUAGUACAGAGGUUGCGGACUCCUAA